AUGGCGGCUACCAACAACCCGCUCGAGGGCGCCUCCUCGGGCUGCACCGUCUCACAACAAACCCUCACCAUCGCCGGCAUCCACGUGACCAUCCACGGCCUCGCAGAGGUCCCCCCGACCGCCGACUCGGUCACGUGUCUGUGGCUGCUCAACCCGCGUCUGCAGACCAAAGAAACCAUGGCCCCAGUCGCCGCCCAGAUAAUCAGCGGAUGGAACGCGACCAACCCCAAAAAGACCGGCCUCAUCGCCGCCGCCUUUGACCAGCGCAACCACGGCACCCGCCUCGUCGACAAGCUGCACAACGAGGCCUGGCGCCAGGGCAACGACACCCACGCCCAGGACAUGUUCGGCUGCUACCACGGCACCGCGACCGACACCUCGCAGCUCAUCGACCACCUGCCGUCGUACAUUUUCCGCGACCCCACCUCGCCGCGCAUCACAGCCCACAUGGCCCUCGGCAUCAGCCUCGGCGGCCACGCAACAUGGCACUGUCUGCUCGCCGAUCCGCGCAUCACCGCCGGCGUCGUCGGCAUAGGCUGUCCGGACUACACGCGCCUCAUGACCGACCGCGCCCGCCUGUCCAAGCGCACCACAUUCACCGCCACCGCGCCGCCCGGCGCGUCCUUUCUGGGCUCGUGCGACUUCCCCCCCGCGCUGCAGCGCGCCGUCGCGCAGUACGACCCCGCGGGCCUGCUGACGCCGGGCGUCUUCAAUCCCACGGGGCCAGAUGCGCCCUUGACACCCGUAGCGCUGGACCGCUUCGCGCGGCUCGCGCGGGAGCGGUUGCGCGGCAAGGCGAUUCUGAAUCUCGGCGGCGCCGCCGACAAGCUGGUGCCGUACGCCGCGGGCCGUCCGUUCCUGGACACGCUCAAGCGCGUGCUGCGCGACGAUCCGAGUCUGGACCUGCGGCUGGAGGAUGUGCAGUUUGAGGGCGUGGGGCAUGCGUUUCCACCUGCCAUGGUGCAGACGGCUACGGCGUGGAUAUGCCGUCUUUUGACGCAGCGGGAGAGGGAGCAGGGCGGUGCGAGAAGGGGGAGCAACAUGUGA